UGUGCAAGCACACUCAUGCAGAGUCUUCAAACCGAGCAGAGAAGCAACACGAAAACAAUGAGAAGCUUUUUCAUCUGCACGCUGGCCUUCCUGUCAGCAGCUCAGGCUGGCCUGCAGGAUGAAAGAAGAAGCCACGAAUUAACUUUCCACCCCUCCUCCUCCUCCUCCUCCUCAUCUUCGUUCUCCUCGUCCCUUGAACGUUCAGGUGAGAUCUGUCUCAAUGGAGGCAGCUCUAUCCGAGCGCUGAUCUCCGGCCAGCACAUGUUCUGUCUCUGUGCUGACGGCUUUGAGGGGACACACUGUGAAACAGUCAAACAAAGUCACUGCUACGAGGGCAUUGGAUUGUACUACAAAGGCACGGCGUCUAAAACAGUCAGCGGGCAAACGUGUGCGGAGUGGGACGAGGAGACCAGAAAGCAGUACCUGUCCUCAGACAUCAACUCAGGGAGGCACAACUACUGCAGAAAUCUUCACUACAGACGCCACCCGUGGUGUCGUGUUUGGAAAAACCAGCAGCUUGUGUGGGAAUACUGUGAUAUGCCACUUUGCACCUUUAAGCCAUCUCCACCUGCACCUUCAACUGGCUCCACAGAGUCAGAGCCAGCUGCAGAGACGAUGGCAUGUGGCCAUCGCAGCAGAAGAAAGCAGAUGAAGAUUGUGGGUGGAAGAGUUGCCACUGUCGAAUCCCACCCGUGGAUCGCCACCAUAUUUUGGCAUAGCAAAUCCCAAGAGGAAGUUUUCCGCUGCGGGGGCAGCCUGAUCUCCGCCUGCUGGGUCCUCACAGCCGCCCACUGCUUCCCUGAUGGAAGUAAGAGCGAUGCGCAGCGCUUCUCCGUCAUCUUGGGGAAAAAUGCCCUGAAUGAGAGCGACCCCACUGUGGAGCAAAAAUUCAGGGUGGAAAAAAUCUUCAUCCAUGAAGGGUUUGAUGACAGCGAGGGGAACUUCAACAAUGAUAUUGCCCUGGUGAAGCUGAAGCCCAAACUUGGGAAGUGUGCCACGGAGAGCGACUCGGUGAAGACGGUCUGCCUGCCGCCGCCUCAGCAGAGCCUCCAGCCAGGAUUCACCUGCGAGAUCGCUGGAUACGGGAAAGAAAGUCACGCUUUGUGGUACAGGUCUCAGUACCUCAGAGAGGCUCAGGUGAGCCUCCUCGCUGACGACGUGUGCCGACAGAAGGAUUAUUAUGAAAACAUGAUUACUGAUAACAUGUUUUGUGCUGCUCGUCCAGACUGGAGUCAGGAUGCUUGUGAGGGAGACUCAGGAGGACCUCUGGUGUGCGAGGUCGGCAACAGGCUCUUCCUGUUUGGAAUAAUCAGCUGGGGCGAAGACUGCGCGAAAAAGUUGCGCCCCGGUGUUUACACCAGAGUGACCAACUACAACAAAUGGAUAGAAAAGAAGACUGGCUUGGAGUCCAUCACUGCUGGAGCCAUGUUCCCUCAUAAAUGACCUUUGAGGCCUGCACACGUGGAGAACCAUUUGCUCAUCACUCAUACUGUAGGCUGGUUGCUGGUUGUUUUGUGUUGGUAAACCUCUGUAAAGUCAUGCUGUGUAUCCUCUGGUAUUUGUGUAAUUUCAUUUUCAUUCCACAUCCUCCGGCCGCUACACUGCUUCUUGUUACUGGUGCUGUUUUUUUAUUGCUGCAGUGGCUGCAAAGGAAAGAUAUUUUUAUUUUUUAUUAUCUUAACAAAUCCCAAGACAGGAACAAAAGCUGGCAGUGAUUGUAGCACACAGUGUGUGCAUUUAAGCCUGACAUAUGGCAGAAAGCCACAAUAUUAGAACAACAGUGAAGCACAGAAUCUGUGAAGCCAUCAUUUGUUAUCAGGCCCUGAGGUGCAUAGCAGCAGAUUUUUAAUCCCAGAAGUUGUGAGAUUGGGCCUCAUGGACUGAAUCUGUUUUUCCAUCUCACACACGUUCAGUCAGAAUGAGAUCUGGCAAACUCAGAGGACCAGCCAGCAGCUUGAAUUCUUUGUUUUCUUUUUCAAACCGUACUUGUGAGUCAUCUCAAAAUGAAUUUCUGUUAUUACUGACGCUCUUCUGCCCAUUGGAGGUGCAUUCUUUGGUGAACAGGAGUCAAGCUUACUUCUGAAUUUAUGUAACAGCACUUUGAGCCCCCAUUACGAAUUCAAAACAGCUGAGCGCUGGCACACAUUCAGCGGUGCUCUUGUUCUUAUAUCAAACAACUGGCUCUUUACCUUUUACCUGGUAUAUUCCUCCUCUUCAAAGGUGCUAAGAUAAUCGAUACGCAACAUUACUUAUUCAACAGUGUUAUUCUUGUCUUAAGGACCAUAUAGCAUCAGUGAUUUUGCCAUUUUUAUCAUCUUCCAGUCAGGUUUACUUUAGCUCAAAGUUAAAGCCGCUCUCAUGUUUGUGCUAUUAAAGGUAGACACACUGAGAUUGUACAGGACUUAUUUUUUCUUAUUUUUUUUUGCAGAAACUUUCAAGAAUAAAAGUAUUGUGCUUAGCUGAAAUGUUGAUAUUCUUACAUACAGAAUAAUGUGUGUCAUGCUGUGUGAUAGUUACUUCUAUCUGGUCUCCAUGCAGUCACGUCCACACCUACUUAUUCACCGGUUUCACUGUGAAAAUUAAGAAAACAAAACGAUGAAAUCACACACAUACCUGUGACAGAUUGGGACAUCAUCAUCAGUUUCAUGAGGUCAUACCUGGGAUGAUUUUUUAACAAAUCAUCCCAGGUAUGUUUACAGUUUAUUGCAGGCUGCAUUCAUAUUUUAUACUUUAUAGUUCCAAAAUUUUCAGUUUUGUUCCACACGAGCCUGGAAUAAGCUGGUGUGUCCAAACUUGUGACUAGUACGGUAUCAUUGUGAGACCUUUUUUUUUUUUUUUUAUAUAUUUUUGUGGAUUAUUCUGUAGCUUUUCUUCAGAUGUUUUCUUCUUUAAAUGAAAUAAACUUUA